GACGUUAAUUUCUAGUUAUUUAGUGCAGUGUGUGAACAUACGUCAAAAUAACAAAAUGUGUUCCGCUUUUCGGAUAGCCGUCGUGUCAGUUAUCUGCGUGGCCGUCGCAUCCGGCCACGUGCACGGACCCCGCAGGUCCCGCCGGAUGGAUGCCGAGGAUUAUGCACAAAAUGAAAUUGACAGUGGAAGAGCCGAAGAGAGCUCAUGGUGGCCUUCGGCAGAAUUCGCCGUUUUGCAGAAAGUUUAUGACGACUGCAGUGCGCAAAAGCACCUAACGAUGUGCUUAAAGGGCAAAGCCCUACACGCCCUCACACGUGCCGUGGAACAGGAGAGCGUGCAGCUCGCGGACGGGCUCACCCUGGUGAAGCAGGCGGACGCUCCCGCGGCGGUCGCGGAGCCGCGCUUCUUCCCUGGCAUGUCCACGGAAGACAAGCUCGACAUGGCUCUGCGCACUAAAUUCGAGCAAUUGAUGAACUCGCACACCAUCUCUAUGGAUUUGGCUUCGGAGGGUAGAGGCAGAGGCAAGAAAGUGCUCCCUUACCUGCUGCUCGGUAUCUUCACCACCGUAAGCGUGGUGGGAGGCAUCGCCCUCAAGACGCUGGCAGCCAUCGCUGGCAAGGCGCUGAUCGCCAGCAAGGUCGCGCUCACGAUAGCCGGUAUCAUCGCCCUGAAGAAACUCUUCAGCCACGACGGCGCUCCCGGCGAAACUACCUUCCAAGUGCACGCUGAUGGACAUCAUAGGCGGAAUAUGUACGUGGUGAGGCCAGCGAAAGCAAGCGCGGUGGACCCAUACCGGUACUACGGCGAGCAGACGACGUCCACCGCCGCCGCCGCCGCCAGCGCGUAGCGCCCGCGCCCGACGCCCGCCUCACCGCCCACGCCCGCCGCGCCUUCGUCCACACAAACCUCAAACCAAAGUACCGUCCAUAGCAUGGACAUCCUACUUAAGACGAUUGGUCGUCCGCUCUCGUUGUCAAAUCUAUGUCAAUAAAUUAUUUAGUGUAAUUUAUUUAUUCGUGACUAAAGUUAAAUAAUUGCAGAAGUGAUGUAAGAGAUAAUAAAAAAAACGUGAC